AUGGCGUUUUUGAACAAGGUGAAAAACUUGUUUCGUGGGAACCCUAUCGAAAAGAAGCUUCCCAGUUACAUUCAGGUCCGUUUUAUCCUAUACCCGUUUCUGGAAAAUGCAAUUGAUUUUAGGAUAAUGUGAACCCGCGCGAUCACUGGGAUAUCAUCAGCCACAUUGCGAAAGGCGCAUUCGGAGAAGUGGAAAAGGCCGUGUCAAAAACCGAUCGACGCCUGUUCGCCGCCUCGAAAACGAUCGAAAUCCAAGAGGGCGAGUCCCUGGAGGAUCUGCUCGUCGAAAUCGAAAUACUGACAGAAUGCAAGGACCAUCCGGUCAUGUUGGGUCUCUACUCAACAUACUUUUAUGAGAACAAAUUGACGGUGAGUGAAGAAAUCCUACCGUUCUUUGAAGAUUAAUCGGCAAAUUUCAGAUGAUGUUGGAGUUUUGCGGUGGUGGUGCCAUUGACAACAUCAUGGACGAGCUCGGCCGUCCUCUGAAGGAAGAUCAGAUCCGCUACAUUGGCUACUACGUGUGCGACGCCCUCAAGUGGCUCCACUCGCAGCUCGUCAUCCAUCGAGACCUGAAAGCCGGCAAUAUUCUGCUCACCAACGACGGUCAAGUACGUCUCGCCGAUUUCGGUGUGUCGGCGAAGCUGAAGAGCGAACGGGAGAAGCGAGACACGUUCAUUGGAACUCCGUGGUGGUGAGUCACUGACUUUUGUGGGCAAACAGUUAUGACACACGGUUGAAUUGUUUUUAGGAUUGCGCCGGAAGUGAUUGCAUGCGAGACAUUCAAGGAUCAGCCGUACGACUGUAUCUCGGACAUUUGGUCGUUCGGAAUCACGCUCAUUGAGAUGGCACAAGGAGAACCGCCUCAUGCGGAAAUUUCGAAUGCGAUGCGAGUCACGAUGAAAGUGCAGAAAUCGGAUCCGCCAACACUGAUAGCGCCAUCAAAGUGGACGAAGACGUUCAGUGAAUGUCUGGCCUACUGUCUGGUCAAGGAUCCCCGACAUCGACCAUCAGCCGCCGAGGUCUUCAAGCAUCAAUGGUUCGCCAACGCGCCAUCGAAACGUAAGAUGAUUAUGGACCUCCUAGUCGAGAUGGAAGCCGAUGUGCAAGAGGAGAUUCUGAUGGAAGCCGACGACGAGUCCAUGGCUGGAUCUGAUGAGAUUUCGCAACGUCCAGGAGGUGACAAUUGGAGUUCGGCCUCAGAUAGCCCACGCCCGGCGACUGGAGAAGGAUUCAAGGUUCCAAUGUUGCCGCCGCCGAUUAUCGAGACCCCACCGCCCGAGACGCCGCACAAGAAAAGGGCAGCUCCGCCACCACCUCAAGAAGCUCUGGCACACGUUUCAUCUCCGUUGGUCAAUGGACAUGCGAAGAAGGACAAUUCCAGUUUUGUGGAGGUGAGUCAAGAAAUCUUACAAAAACGGUAGUUACAGUACUUUUCAACCAAUUUUCGGAUCAGUGCAUCCUUUUCCAAAACAUUUAGAUGCGUCGUAAACAAGACAUGUACAGAGUGUACUUCUUUACAUUCUCAGUCUUGACAAAAGAAGAUACGCUGUACAUUUUUCUUGCAUCGUUUAUGAAAACGAACGUAAACUUUCGGAAAAUGUACAGCAUGAAUCAAUCUAACAUCACGUCAUGUGCGAGUGGUUUUUUGUUUCCCUUGACAUCGGAUUACACUCUUGUUCCUGACAAUACUAUAUUCUAGCUGACUCACUCAACUUUUGUUUUUGUUUUCAGUUCUCCUUCUCCAACAGCAACACGUCAUCGGAGGCCAACGCGACUUUCUCGACUCCGUCAUCCACGAAGAGCAGUGCGCAUCUCUCCACCCCUGCCGUUCUCAGCCUGAACACGUCGGCAAGUCCCAGCUCGCCCGGCGAGUUUGUCAGUCCACGAAGAGAGGCGUUGAGCAUUCUGGAUGAGCUCACCACGACGCUGGAUGAUGAGCAGUCGCAGUACUUCAACUCACCGCGGUCAAGCGCGUCGCCACGUCACUCACCAGCCAAAUCGCCGCAAAAGGAGUUGGUGGAGCACUCGAUUCGUGACACAAUUUUGGCCAGUCGAGACAAGAAGUCUCCGAGUCCACAGUUGAGACGUAAGAUCUCCUCUAAUAGACGUUUCCAUGCCAACUCGUUCAAUUUUCAGAGCUGUCGCCAGUGGAAUCCUCCUCUUCCUAUGAGGAGCAAGUCAACUUGUCAUUCCGUCGACCGGAACCACUGGAACACGCUGGACUUGUGGUCGCUCAACAACAAAUGGAGAAGGCCUCCGCCAGUCUUCAAGAGCGAUACAAUGCCGCCAACAGAUCUUUGGACACUUCCAGCAGCAACAGCUUGGCAAGUGCCAAUCAGUCCAUGGAGAUUCCAGAAGGUAUCGUGAUGAGCAGAACAACAGAAAACAAUGGUUACUUGCAGGAAUCGUCACCCGGAAGAAGAGUCAAGAGAGCUCAGCGGCUGCGUCGAAUAGGUCUUCGCAAAACUCGGAAACCGUCUUCAAGAAGCCAUCCCAGGACAUGUCCACCAGCUUCACUUUACGCGAAUUUGUGCACGGAAAGACGGAGCUCUCGGUGACGGCGCCACCCACGCCAUCGAAAAGUGUGGAUCGACGAUCGCCAGCUCCAGUACGUACAGACUCUUAUCAGUCGGUCAGAACAAGUGGCUCGUCGACUUCUGUGGCUCAAACCUCACAGACCUCACAGGCCGCUGAUUUUGCUCCGACCCCGGUUCCAACCAAUCCUGAGUACUUCGAUGUUCCGUACGGAAAGAAGGCAAAGGAGAAGACACCACCACCAGAGCCGCCAGUUGACUACGAGGGAAGUGCGAAGGAGAACGCUGCUCCGGCCGUAGUUUCAGCCGCGAAGAUUCCAACUCCACAACAGACUGCUCCUUCUACAUCCGCAACACCCCAGAAGUCUACGACAAAUCCAGCAGCCGCUCCAGCAACGAGAAUUGGCGGAAGGAAGGAUGGAAAUCGUCAGACGAUUACCAAGAAGACAAGAACGUACAUGAUCGAUGGGGUGCAAGUCACCUCGACGACGGUCCACGUACUUGGUGUGAAAGAUGACAGAGUCCAACGGUAGGCACUCGGUUUUUUUCUUCUCGGAUCUCGUGCAAUUCUAAAAAGUUUCAGCAAGCAACAGCUACACGAUUUGCGACGACUUCAGCGCGACGAAGCACGACAAAAGCAAGAACUCCAAGCGGAAGGAAUCAAACUGGUUGAGGAGCAGGCAAGGAAGUUCACUGCGGAACAGUCCAACCUUUCGCGGACGUCCGAACUUGAAAUGGAUGCCAUGGAACGCCGACAGCGAAAGGAGAUUGAGGACACGGAAGGGACGCAGGAGCAGGAGCUACGGAAUGCUCAGAAGCGUCUUCGAAUUGAGCAGGAGAAGGAUAUGCGGGCAUUCAAGGAUCGUCUCAAGCAGGAGAUGAAGAUAUUCAAGCAGGAGCUCACGAUGCUUUCGAAAGUGCAACGAAAAGACGCACUGAAACUGCGAAAAGAGCAGAUUGAGAUCGAUCAUCAACUAAAGGAGAAGGAUUUCUUGAUGCAACUGCAGCAGAAUGCCGACGCGAUGCUUCAGCGGAUGGCCGAAAAGCACAAGGAGAGAAUGGCGUCGAUUGAGAAGCAAUUCUUGAUGCAGAAGCACAAUUUGUUGCGUGCCAAGGAGAACAACAUUUGGGAGUUGGAAGACAAGCAGAUGAGAGAGAAGUGAGUAGGGGGGAUUCAGAAAUCACAAUUCAAUGUGCUCGAGAAUACUUGCUUGCCGUGUCGGCUGGUGGCCGAGAAGAGAUUUCUCGGCCGUGUACUCCUCUCGGGCCAGUGAACAAUUUUUUUCGUUGUUUGGGCCUUGAUGGGAAAUUUCGUGGGAAAUGGAGGGAAUUUAGUCUCAAAAUUGGAUAUCUGAAAGUUUUACUCCUAAUCUGUGCGAGUCGUAGUGCUCAAUAUCGAUUUUCGCAGAAAUGAUAGCAUUUUUCAGGUUUGUACUCCACCGCAAGCUGUUCAAGGAUGAAUACUACCUCCUCCGUACUCAAAUGCUCGCUCGCCACCAACGUGAAAUGGCUCAAAUUGAGAAAAUUCACCAAGAAGAGGAAGACGAGCUGAUCCGUGCGCUCACAUUGGACCGCAAGAAGCUUCCGAAAAUGUUGCGCGCCGAGACCAAAACGCGGAGUGUGAUGUUCAAAGAAAGUCUUCGAAUCAGUUCAACGGUAAGUUAUCGUGAUGCGCAAUUCAUUCUUCAUCGCAAAAAGGUUAAAUUGAAGAAUAUGACGAACGCGGAGAUGCAAGAGAGAAUACGCCGAUUCGACGAGCAAGAAUCGUUGAGAAUGAGGGCUGCGUUGGAAGAGCAUGACCUGAAGUCGCAGAAGAAGUUGACUGCGUUGAAGGAGCGUCAUCAGGAAGCGGUUAGUUGGGCGUUGCCUCAGGAUGCCCUGGAAAAUCCCUCAAAACAUAGGAUAGCGCGAUCAAUUUGAGAAUUUUUCAGAUUCUCGAGCUUGAUGAGAUGCAAAACGAUAAGCGCAAGCAGUUGUUGGAGAAGGAGCGCAACACGAUGAAAGAGCACGAGGGCAAGUAUCACGAGAUGCGAGAGCUCUGGCAGGAGAACCUGAUCGCCAGGAAGACGGUAAGGGACGACCAGCAAUUGGGCCAAGAAACGGAGAGUUCGAAAGAGAGAAGAAGCGGGUGGAAUAAAAUGAAAACCCGCUUCAACUUUUCCAUCAAUCUCACAAAGUUCCGUCGGUUAUCGAGCGCUGACAAAGAUGCCAACUAACAUCUUCCACUUCUACCCCUAUCCCUAUUAAUAAAGGGUUGUUUUUCCGGGAGACAGUUACUAACUCAAUCACUGUUACCCACUAAUCGAUUGGAGAAUUUUUCGUGAUCUCACACAGAUUUGUUAAGGAUUCUUUAGAAAGUCUUGCGAAUCCGGAAUAUAUGUACAGUGCUGGCCAUUAAUAUAUGAAAAAAUGGUUUUUUGAGGAUAACUUUUUUUCUAGUUAUCCGGGGACCCUGAAACUUAUACGGUAUACAAAAAGUACCGUUAGGCAAAGUUGAGGACUUUCAAACUGCAUCAUCAUUUAUUUUUUUCAGAAAAAUGUUUUUCCAUUUUUUUCGAUUUUUUUCGAUUUUUUUGACGUUUUUUUAUUUUUAUUCGAUUUAUUUUUCUGUGAUAUCAUAUGACUCUAAAAUGAUUUGUAGACAUGGGAAAAACCUCGUGGAAGACAAAAAUGUGCCCGUAGAUGUUAAAAAAAGCGAUCAUCCGAGGUCGCCAGCAAGGCAUGAAAUUGAAAGAUCUUGCUCAGCAGUUUCAGCUCGGUAUUUCCACUGCUUUCAGCAUUUUGAAAAAGAUUCAAGACGCAGGUAAGGUUCAAAGUGUUUGUCAAACCCAAUAAAAAUAUUUAGAAAAACCUGCAUCGGUCCAAAGGCGCCAGGAAAAACCUCGUGGAACCGCCAAGGCCAUGGAUCGGAACAUCCUGAGAGCGUCGAGAGAGGAUCCCAGAAGGACUUCAACGGAAAUCCAGAUGGUUGUGAAUUCUCCCACGGAUCCAGCACCUUCUAGAAGAACAAUCAGAAGACUUUUACAAGAUGCUGGGCUCCAUGGACGACGUCCAGUUCGCAAACCAGAAGAACCGGAAGGCUCGAGUUGCAUGGGCAAAAGCUCAUCUCACCUGGGGACCUCGCGAAUAGGAAAAACACAUCUGGUCCGAUGAAAACAAGUUUAAUUUGUUUGGUAGUGAUGGAAAUUGCUGGAUUCGGCGUCCCGUUGGAACCAGAUAUUCUUCCAAGUACCAUCUUCUAACAGUCAAGCACGGAGGAGGAUCGUGUAUGGUAUGGGGAUGUUUCUCGGCCAACGCUAUGGGACCUCUGAGACGUAUCAACGGAAUAAACGUCUUCUGAUUGUUCUUCUAGAAGGUGCUGGAUCCGUGGGAGAAUUCACAACCAUCUGGAUUUCCGUUGAAGUCCUUCUGAGAUCCUCUCUCGACGCUCUCAGGAUGUUCCGAUCCAUGGCCUUGGCGGUUCCACGAGGUUUUCCUGGCGCCUUUGGACCGAUGCAGGUUUUCUAAAUAUUUUAUUGGGUUUGACAAACACUUUGAACCUUACCUGCGUCUUGAAUCUUUUCAAAAUGCUGAAAGCAGUGGAAAUACCGAGCUGAAACUGCUGAGCAAGAUCUUUCAAUUUCAUGCCUUGCUGGCGACCUCGGAUGAUCGCUUUUUUAACAUCUACGGGCACAUUUUGUCUUCCACGAGGUUUUCCCAUGUCUACAAAUCAUUUUAGAGUCAUAUGAUAUCACAGAAAAAAAAAUAAAUCGAAAAAAAUAAAAAACGUCAAAAAUCGAAAAAUCGAAAAAAUGGAAAAAAAACAUUUUCUGAAAAAAAAAUAAAUGAUGAUGCAGUUUGAAAGUCCUCAACUUUGCCUAACGGUACUUUUUGUAUACCGUAUAAGUUUCAGGGUCCCCGGAUAACUAGAAAAAAAGUUAUCCUCAAAAAAACAUUUUUUCAUAUAUUAAUGGCCAGCACUGUAAUUGAUGAACCCGGAAGUAAUGUAUCUCACACAUUCUGUGUAAUGUUCAAGAUUUGUCGCGGACCGAUGUUAACUAAAGUUUUCUGUUCAAAAUAGCAUUGCCAGAAACCGCUUAUUUUCGGCAAUUUUGUUCACCAGCCGUGUCAAUGCGAACCGGCCGAUUUUUGGAAAUUUUAGAGAAUUGCAUGAAAUGUUUCUGAUUAUGAGCACAAUUUCACAAAAAAAAGUGUUAAAAAGAGACUGACCUUCACCAAAAUUAAACGUGACGUGACGUAAUCAAACUUGAAACAAACAAUGAUGCUCCGAGAAUGUUAUGAAUACACCUUGCCUUGAAAUCUGAUAGCUUACACUUUAGAUAGAUACACUUUGUUCAGACACGUGAGAGGGUCAAACUCCUGGAAAAAAUAUCGAAAAUGUCAAUUUUACUUUGCAGGUGCUCGAGGAGAAGUUUGAAGACGAGCUCUCGAAGCAGGAGGUGUUUUACGGAAUGGCGUACACUUCGUCGCAGAACUCGACGCUCUCCGGCCGUCACAUGCCCUAG